UCUUCAGAGAUUAUUCACCGGGGUUGGAGACUACUCGGCUAGCAAGAUUCUAAAUUAUUGCAUUUGAUCCUGGAUCAGAAAACCUGAUUUGUACUGUGACUUCAAUGGAAAAAUCUCUCCGAGAUCUAGAGGGCAGUACGACAGGGGAGUCUAGCCGUGACCUGAUACCGGAACCCGCACCCCGCCCCGCCUGGGGCAGUAAAGUUCAGUAUAUCCUUGCUCAAGUUGGCUUUUCUGUCGGUCUUGGAAAUGUUUGGCGAUUUCCUUACUUAUGUCAUCAAAAUGGAGGAGGUGCCUUCCUGUUACUGUACUUUCUACUGCUGCUCAUCAUCGGCAUACCCCUUUUCUUUCUGGAGCUAGCAGCUGGGCAAAGCAUACGUCAGGGAAGCAUUGGCGUUUGGAAGCAUAUUAGCCCUCGGUUAGCUGGAAUUGGCUUUGCUAGCUGUUUGGUGUGUACAUUUGUGGCCCUGUAUUACAAUGUUAUUAUUGGAUGGAGCCUCUUUUAUAUGUUCAAUUCCUUCCAGUAUCCCUUACCAUGGGAGAACUGCCCCAGACCGGCCAAUCAGACACAAGCAGAGUGUGUCAAGAGUACACCCACGACGUACUUUUGGUACAGAAAAGCCUUGGAUGUUACAGAGUCUAUUGGAGCCUCAGAGAUGAACUGGCCAAUGACAGGGUGUCUUGUUCUAGCCUGGGUACUGGUUUGUGCUGGCAUGAUCAAAGGGAUCAAGUCUUCUGGCAAAGUGAUGUACUUUAGCUCAGUUUUUCCUUACGUCGUGCUGUUGUGUUUCCUCGUCCGUGGAUUGUUACUUGAUGGUGCUGUGGAUGGGAUUCGUAUCAUGUUUACACCAAAGCUGGAAAUUUUGGCCGACGUUCAAGUCUGGCGCCAGGCAGCUACGCAGGUCUUCUUUGCAUUAGGCCUUGGAUUCGGAAGUGUGAUUGCAUACUCUAGCUAUAACGACCGCCAUAACAACUGCCACUUUGAUGCCAUUCUAGUGUCAUUUAUUAACUUCAUGACUUCAAUCCUGGCAACGCUCGUGGUGUUCGCUGUCCUGGGAUUCCGAGCCAAUGUUAUUGCAAAGAAUUGUGUCAAAGAGCAUUGGCCAGGUAUCGUCGGAUUGAUUCAUAAUGGCAUUUUGACAAACGACUUAAUACCAAAGGAAAACCUGACUAUUGAGCACUACAGCCAAUGGUACAUGAACACCAAUCAAACCAUUAAUCUGACAGACUACGGCAUUCAGAAUUGCAGGGUGGAGGACGAGAUGAACAAGGGUGUGGAAGGCACAGGUUUGGCAUUCAUCGUGUUCACGGAAGCCAUGACUCGUUUACCUGCUUCCCCAUUUUGGUCUUUGUUGUUCUUCCUGAUGCUGCUAAAUCUGGGGCUGAGUACCAUGUUUGGGAACAUGCAGGGAAUUAUCACCCCACUUCUGGACAAUUUCUCAUGGUUACGCAAGAAGAAAACAUUAUUCACAAUUGUAUGCUGUAUAGUUGGCCUGCUAAUUGGCUUGCUCUUUGUUCAGCGAUCAGGAUCCUACUUUGUCAGUAUGUUUGAUGACUAUUCAGCCACUUUACCCCUCAUCAUCGUGGUUAUAUUUGAAAAUGUGGCUGUAGCCUGGGUGUAUGGAGCAGACAGGUACAAUAUACAUUUAUGAAUUU